CUUCUUUUCUUUUUUUUUUCUUUUCUUUUUUCUCGGAGGGGACAAUCACACUUUUUUUUUCCUCCUCAGUCCUAAGAUUUUUUGUUGUUUUUAGUCUCACUGGUCACUACAUGGCUCAUAUGCUAAACAACAGCCAUGGACGAUGAUUCAUGGGUUUGAACUCUAAUGAAACUAUGAAAAUACCAUAUUUUUCCUUGUCAAACUUUUCCCCAGACCAGUUUGGUUUGUGUUUGAACAAAUGCCUCAAAGGAAAAGCGUUGAGACAAGGCAAGCAGAUUCACGCGGCAUUGUUAGGCACUGGAAUGAACAUGAACGUGUUGUCUUUGAAUUCAAAGCUUGUAGCUAUGUAUGCGAGUUGUGGAGAUAUGUGGUCUGCAAAAUAUGUGUUCGAUCAAAUUCCAAAGCCGAAUGUUUUUGCUUUGAAUUGGAUGGUUUUUGCUUCCGCGUUUAAUGGGAGCUAUGGAGAAGCAGUUAGGUACUUUUCUUUGAUGCAAGAAUUGGGAAUCACUGGAAAUAAGUUCUCCUUUUCGAUUGUGCUCAAAGCUUGUAUUGGUUUGAUGGACUUGAAUAAGGGAAGAGAAGUUCAUGCUAUGGUAUAUAAAAAGGCUUUUGAAAAUGAUGCCUCUGUGGGGAAUGCCAUGAUUGACAUGUACUGUAAAUGUGGGAGCGUGUGUUAUGGUCGUAAGUUGUUUGAUAAAAUGAUUCAAAGAGAUGUUCCUUGUUGGACAUCCAUGAUUUGUGGUUAUUUCAACGCAGGCAAGAGUGAGCUUGCACUUGAUUUGUUUGAGGAGAUGAAGUUGCAAGGACUGGAACCAAAUGAGUUCACGUGGAAUGCCAUGAUUGUUGGGUUUGCUCGGUGUGGAGAUACCCAUGGAGUCUCUGAGCUCUUCUCUAGGAUGAGAAAAAGAGGACGUGUUCCCGAUUUGGUUACUUGGAAUGCAAUAAUUUCAGGUUUUACUCAAAGCCAACAUGCUGGUGAAGCUUUAGAAAUGUUCAGAAACAUGAUAGCUUCAGGGACCAGACCCAAUCAGGUGACCAUCACAGGAUUACUCCCUGUGUGUGGAUUAAUGGGUUCAGUUCAAACAGGGCUGGAAAUUCAUGGAUUGAUAUACAGAAUGGGGGUUGAUGUAAACACCUAUGUGGCUUGUGCUCUUGUUGAUAUGUACUCAAAAUGUGGUGGUGUCAAGAAUGCUCGAAGUGUAUUUGACAGUGUUCAUAACAAAAAUGUUGCACUGUGGAAUGUAAUGAUAGGAUGCUACGGGAAACAUGGUAUGGUUGAUUCAUCGUUGCAGCUUUUCGAGAGAAUGGAGGAAGAAGGAAUGCGAGCAAACGAAGUGACUUUGGUCUGUGUUCUGUCUGCUUGUGGCCAUAGUGGUUUAGUUGAGAAGGGUUUAGAGAUUUUCAGCUCCAUGAAAGAGAGGUAUGGGGUUGAGGCAAGUAAAGAGCAUUAUGCUUGUGUAGUUGAUCUCUUGUGCCGGUCAGGGAAGAUGGAAGAAGCGUACGAAGUUGUGAAGGGCAUGCCAAUGGAUAUAACUGAGUCCAUUGCUAUAGCUUUCUUUAGUGGUUGUAAAAUCCAUGGAAGAAGAGAUUUGGCUAAAGUAAUGGCUGAAGAUAUCUUGAAAAUAGAGUUGAAGAAACCUGGAGCUUUUGUAACCUUAUCAAAUAUCUAUGCUGCUCAUGGAGAGUGGGAAGAGGUUCAGAGUGUAAGAAAGGUUAUGAAGGAGAAGCAGGUCCAUAAAAGCCCUGGUUUUAGCUGGCUUGAAAAAAGAGAUUGAUUUGUUCUAACUAAACUAGUGAAAAAAUAAGGCAACAGAAUUGAUUUUAUUGGAGCAGGUGUGAUCUCAAAGAAGAUUUCAUCAGUUCUGUAGAUUUGGAUUUUUGUACUCAACGCAGUUCCAAUAUAAUCUGAAAUGGAUUUCAGAUCUAAGAACUUUGCAAAAAGUUUGAAUGCAUAUUUACAUUUGACUGGCAGAUCAUUAAGAAGGUCAAAAUGGACGAAAAUGGUAGCGAAUGGAAAGAUGCAGGUGAUGUUAAAGUCUGUGUUUGAACAAAUAUUCUUUGUACUGUUGCUAAUUUGAUAAUCAUUCGGUCAUUUUCGUUAUUGUAUACCAUUCUUUUUCCUUUGUUUCAUUCUUCUGAAAUAAUAACAAAGACUGUAAGUGAUUAGCUUGAUUGUCCUGGAAUAUUGAUUGUAACUCAGCCUUGGAUUUAGAUUUGGUUUCUUUCUUAAUGCAUUUCACACCUCUGGAUUGAAUCUC